AAAAAAUAAAUAAAUAAAAAAAGUCAUGGCAACAGCUGGUCAUUUCUAUUGGAUCCUGGUGGUUUCAUUCUGGUUUGUCAUAGUGACGAAUUUUAUUUUUGUGUAUGCCAUAUUGAGAAUUCCAGAAUUCUCCUAAUUGGAUUUUUAUUUAUUUAUUUAUUUUUAACGAAUGCCACGUUUCUUGUUUAAAUGCACGGCCGAACCUCAUUAUGCUCCUCCGCUUGUUAUUCGGCGUCUGGGCUUCUGGGCGAAACACGUUUUUGUCUGAAACGCACAGGAAUACAAUCCAGCCUCAUAUGGCAUGACAGUCUUGUUCCAUCUGCUCUAUUUAUUCUGUUUCCUCUGCUCUUUGGUUUCUCUGUGUUCUUGGUGAAACCAACAAGCUUCCCUGAGACGUUUGGAUUUCUGUGCUGCGGAUUUCCGAUGGACGAUGACGGAAAACAAAACGAAGAGAAAAACCGUAUAUAUGAAGAUGAAAAUCUAAUCAAAUAAAUAAAUAAAUAAAUAAAUAAAUAAACAAACAAACAAACCCCGACCUUAAACGUCCGUGCUUUACGUCUGAUUUCCACAUGUAUAGAUUUGUUUCGGAUGAUUUCGAAGGUCCGUAACACGCGGAAAGAGGCGUGGGGUCAUAGGGUUAUGGGAGAACCACCCAUAAAAGGUGUAGAUGGGAGUAGAUCAUUCUCCCCAGAGAUUUUAGCUAAUAAAAGGAUGGUAUUUAUAGAAGGUCUUUUCAGUGCAUCCUGUUAAUCUGUGACUAUCCAACUGUACGCCUGGACACCACUCACUCCACAGAGCGCGAGGGCAACUCUGAACACUACCCAAGCAAUGUCUACCGAACGAUUUGACUGCCAUUACUGCAAAGACUCGCUGCUCGGAAAAAAAUACAUCCUAAAAGAGGACACGCAAUACUGCGCCAAGUGUUAUGAGAACCUCUUUGCUAACUGUUGUGAGGGUUGCUCCUUACCAAUCGGGUGCAACAACAAGGAUCUCUCCUACAAGGAUCGCCACUGGCAUGAGAACUGCUUCAAGUGCGGCAGAUGCGGCCGCUCCUUAGCGGAGAAAGCGUUCGCCGCUAAAGACGAGCUUCUCCUCUGUACCGAGUGCUACUCCAACGAGUACUCGGCCAAGUGCGCUAACUGCGCAAAAACGAUCCUGCCAGGCUCGCGGAAAAUGGAGUACAAGGGGAACAGCUGGCACGAGACCUGCUUUCUGUGUCAGCGCUGCCAGCAGCCGAUAGGAACCAAGUCCUUCAUCCCCAAAGAUAACAGCUUCUUCUGCGUGCCCUGUUUUGAGAAGCAGUUCGCCUAUCAGUGCUGCUCCUGCAAGAAAGCUAUCACUACUGGUGGGGUGACCUACAACGACAAGCCGUGGCACCGCGAAUGUUUCACUUGCAUCGGCUGUAAGAGACAGCUAGCAGGGCAGCGCUUCACCUCCCGAGAGAACUUCCCCUACUGUCUGGAGUGCUUCAGCAAUCUGUACGCUAAGAAAUGCGUCGGCUGCAGCAAACCUAUAACUAGUUUGGCAGGAGCGAAGUACGUCUCGUUUGAGGAGCGUCAGUGGCACAGCGAGUGUUUCACAUGCAUGCAGUGCUCCGUGUCACUCGUGGGCCGCGGUUUCCUCACACAGCGUGACAACGUUCUGUGCACCGACUGCGGACGUGAGAAGUGAUAUCGCGAAUGACAAACCAACAACAACAACAA